UACAAAUGAUAUGGAUAUCAUUGUCAAAGAGAGCAUUUAAUAUCACGGGAAAGGAAACUUCCAGACGACAGAAGAUUCAUCAUACAUUUCAGUUUUCAACCAUCAAUUACUGAAAUUCAAUUCUGUGUGUACCCUUUGAUUCUUGAUUCUUUCCCGUUUCCCUCACUCAAAUUCAAUUCUACCCAAAAAAUAAAAACCCUGAAUUUCCUUCAACUUUUUUACACAUUUCUUGAAAAUUUUCAAUGAUGGAAAUUUGCAAUUUCCUGACAUUUUUUCUCUCUUUCCUCUUGAUUUUCCCACAACCUUCUUAUGGCGGAUGGUUCGGCAACAGGCGUCAAGAAUCCGUGCUUAAAUUGAAGAGUGAGACUGUUUCCUCUUCUUCCUCUUCUUCUUAUGGAUUUGAUCCAACUCGCGUAACUCAGCUUUCAUGGCAUCCCAGGGCAUUUUUGUACGAGGGUUUUUUAACCCAUGAAGAAUGUGAUCAUCUCAUCCAAUUGGCAAAGGAUAAAUUGGAGAAAUCAAUGGUGGCGGAUAAUGAUUCUGGGAAGAGUAUUCCAAGUGAAGUUCGGACUAGUUCUGGCAUGUUUCUUCAAAAGGGUCAGGAUGAUGUAGUAGCUAGAAUUGAGGCAAGAAUUGCUGCCUGGACUUUCCUUCCUCAAGAAAAUGGGGAGGCUAUGCAAGUCCUUCACUACGAGCUUGGUCAAAAGUAUGAGCCCCAUUUUGAUUACUUUCAUGACAAGGUCAACCAGCAGCUCGGUGGCCACAGGGUUGCUACUGUGCUUAUGUACUUGUCUUAUGUUGAAAAGGGUGGAGAAACUGUAUUCCCAAAUGCAGAGGGAAAAUUGCAUCAACUGAAAAAUGACAGCUGGUCUGAAUGUGCUAAAGGUGGCUAUGCAGUGAAACCUAGUAAGGGUGAUGCAUUGAUGUUCUUCAGUCUUCAUCCUGACGCGACUACUGAUCCAACGAGCUUGCAUGGUAGUUGCCCUGUCAUUGAGGGUGAGAAGUGGUCUGCGACAAAGUGGAUUCAUGUUCGGUCCUUUGACAGAUUAAUCGAAGAUACAUCUUCUGGAGAAUGUGCAGACGAGAGUGUGCACUGCUUACAGUGGGCACAAGCAGGCGAGUGUAAAAAGAACCCUCUGUAUAUGGUAGGCAAUGAAAAAACAAAGGGACAUUGCAGAAAGAGUUGCAAAGUUUGCUGAAAGUACACAUCAACCUUUCCUUACUAGUGGAUAAGUUUUCUGUUCUUUUUAGGGACAAAUUUUGUUUAACUAUGAAUCACAUCUGACGCUGAUAUAGUUGUAGAUAAAUGUUGUUUCUACUAGAAAGAGGUUCUUCCAUCCUCCUCUGUUUUGUAUUCAAUUUUCGUUACUGUAAACUUUUACUAUGAAAUAAUAUGAUGGAGAUAACUUCUUCUAUCUUUA